UUAGGGUUUCCUUUUUUUUUUUUUUUCUCUCCAAAACUUUCUUUCUCUUCCUUUUCCCUGGUAAGAUCUUGAAACUCAUCUCUUUGUCGAUCUUCUCUGUUUCUUUAUAUUUGUUGUCUCGUAGAAAAUGCUUUGGAUUGAGUUCUGAAAAACGCUUAAAAUUUUUGGUGAAAACCCUGGAGGAUGAGUGUGGAGGAAGGCGACGGAGGUGGGUUCGGCGACGGGGGAGAUCCGGGGGAUCAGUUCCACCGGAACGAGGCGAUCUCCGCCGUUGCCGACGAGGGUUUUAUCGGCGAGGAAGACGAUGACUACGAGGAUCUUUACAAUGAUGUGAAUGUAGGCGAGGGUUUUCUUCAAUCUCUCCGUAAAAAUGAAGAUUUAGGCUUUAGAAACGAGGUGGAGGAGAACAAGAUUGAUCCCGCGGUUCCAUCAGUGCCCCCGACGCUGCCCCCAGCGGCGGGUAUGUCAAUACCUGGAGUGGGUGGUGAUGUUGGCGGAGGUGCAGAGCGGAAGUUUGAGAAGGAUGUGGCGGUAGGCGUUUCUGAGGGUGGGGCUAGGGUUUCUGUGAGAUUGGAGGGUUAUCAGAGUGUGGGGUACAGAGGGAAUGAGAUGGGCGUGAAAGGACCGGGUGGUGCGUCGCAAGGGGGAGCACCAGUUGGUGGAGGUGGGAUGAGGGUUCAAUUAGGGCAGUCGUCCAUAAAAACUAGUGAUUUUGAGGAGCAGACUGUGAACAAUACGGUAGGGGUUCAAGGGAUCGUGCAGCAACAACCACAUGGUGGUGGUGUCGGGAGUGUUGGAAACGAGGGUUUAGCAAGGCAAGGAGGGGGAAAUGUGAAUGGAAAUACAGGUGGGUAUGUGGUUGGCAACAAUGGCAUUGGUGGCAGUGUAGGCGGUGGUGGUGGAGGUGGUGGUGGUGGUGGUGGUGGGACAAUACUUUUUGUUGGAGAUUUACAUUGGUGGACAACGGAUGCUGAGCUUGAGGCAGAGCUAUGUAAGUAUGGGGUGGUGAAGGAGGUCAAGUUCUUUGAUGAGAAGGCGAGUGGGAAGUCUAAAGGAUAUUGUCAGGUUGAGUUCUAUGAUCCUGCUGCAGCCACAGCUUGUAAAGAGGGAAUGAAUGGGCAUCUCUUCAAUGGGCGACCUUGUGUUGUUGCAUUUGCAUCACCUUAUAGUGUUAAGAGAAUGGGAGAGGCCCAGGUGAAUAGAAAUCAGCAGAUGGCCCAGACUAACAUUUCUCAAGGGAGGAGGGGGCAGGGUGACGGCGGGGGAAAACCUGGUGGCAGCAAUGUUCAACAAGGCGGGAAUUUUCAAGGUGGGGAUAAUAAUAGGGGUUAUGGUAGAGGUAAUUGGGGGAGAGGCAAUGCCCAGGGGAUGGGAGGUAGAGGGCCAGUUGGUCCAAUGAGAAAUAGGUCUGGGGGAAUGGGUGGGAGGGGUAUAAUGGGGAAUGGUGGAAAUGGAUUUGGGCAGGGUAUUGCUGCAACGCCUCCUUUGUUGCAUCCUCAAACAAUGAUGGGGCAGGGUUUUGAUCCAUCCUUUGGGGCCCCUAUGGCAAGAAUGGGUGGCUAUGGAGGUUUUCCUGCUGGACCAACACCACCCUUUUCAGGAAUAUUGUCUUCAUUCCCACCUGUUGGAGGAGUUGGUUUGCCUGGUGUAGCUCCUCAUGUGAACCCAGCAUUCUUUGGACGAGGGAUGCCCAUGAAUGGAAUGGGGAUGAUGCCGGCGACAAGUGUUGAGGGACCUAGUAUGGGGAUGUGGUCGGAUCCAAAUAUGGCUGGAUGGGCUGGUGAUGAGCAUGGUGGGAGAGCUGGGGAGUCUAGUUAUGGGGAGGAAGCGGGAUCUGAUCAUCAGUAUGGUGAGGUAAGUCAUGAUAGGGGAGGCUGGCAAAACACAAUGAAGGAAAAGGACAGAGGAUCUGAACGGGACUGGUCAGGAUCCUCCGACAGAAGAUAUCGAGAUGAUAGAGAACAAGGGUUUGAUAGAGACAUGCCUAGGGAAAAAGAUCUGGUUCAUGAAAAUGAUUGGCCUGAAAGAAAGCAUCGUGAAGAUAGAGAUAUUGGUCGUGAUCGUGAUAGGGAGCGUGAUCGGGAACGGGAACGUUCUCGAGAUCGCGAACGGGACCGUGAUAGGGAGCGUGAUCGGGAUAGGGAUCGUGACCGUGAUCGGGAACGAUACAGGGAAGACAGAGACAGAUAUGCUGAUCAUCAUAGGUAUAGGGACCGUGAAUCAGAACAUGAUGAUGAAUGGGAUAGGGGACGAUCAUCACGAACACACAGCAAAUCACGAUUAUCACAAGAGGAGGAACAACGAUCAAGAUCAAGGGAUGCCGAUUAUGGGAAGAGGCGACGGCUAACCUCUGAGUAACCUAGGAGUUGCUUCUCUUUCUGGAGUCUGUUCUUCCAGGAAGGACAAAAAAAAAAGAAAGAAACAUAAUGAACUGUGGAUUCGUCAUGCUCCUGUGAACUCUCUUUCAAGUUGUGUUCAUCUGGUCCCUGAUUUGUUGAAUGGUUAUUCCCACUUCUCCCUGCAUUACCCAGAAUCUCUUGAUGGCUUCUUUCUUUGGAGCAUGGUUUUUUUUCUGGCAUGAAAAGCUUGAACAGUAAUUGCUUUUGGAACUGAAGCUGUUGAGCAGAACUCUGGGCUCUCUUUUGGAGAAAGGACCUGAACCUUCCAUGACGGAUUACACUCGUUAGCCAACAUUGAUUUAGAAGUGGAACAUUUUGUUUAAGUUGUUAGACUUCUUUGCACUUAUGUUUUAGUUAAUUAGCAUCUGAACAAACCAAUGUUGUGGAUGAUGAUUAUGGCUUGAAACUGCUGCAGUCUGAGAUGUGCUGGAUUGUUUUAGAACUUACUGUUUGAUUGUGAUGUAAUAGGAUUUAGCACUGAGGAUGUUACUAAUGUGCCUUUUUUUUUUUUUUUGUUUGGAACUUUGUUGUAUCAUUUUUUUAACCCCUUCCUUGGUAGUUAGCAUACCAUGAUGUUAAUCACGCAAUGUUUUUCUUUUCCUUGUUUUGUUAAGAUCAUGUAGGAAAUCUCAGCAUUCAAUGAAUGCAAUUGUUUUGACCCGAGAAUUGUACAUGUAUAUUCUCUUGUAUAUAAUGAAUAUUGGUUUAUCCAAUUUUCAUAA